AUGCAACUUAAGCGCCAAUCCACGUGUACCGCCAGUAUCAUCGGGAUGAGGAAGAGAUAUCACUUCGUGCAAGAGAGUACCAUGCGGAGCGUGACACGAAUGUAG